AUGGAGAUGAAUGUGGAAAUGAGGAUGGUGGAGAUAAAUGUGGAGAUGAAGAUCAUUACGCCUCCAAUUGACCAAUCUGCUUUUGAAGGAUACCCUGUAAACUUUAGUUGCGCAGCCUCAGGUUAUCCAGCACCAACAUUUGUCUGGACUUUCAAUGAUGAUGACCUGCCAUCUGGUAUCAUUCAAACUGAUCAAGAAAGAGAAUCAACCCUGGAAUUGCCACGUGUCAUAAACGAGAUGAAAGGGAAUUACAGAUGUACAGCAAAAAACAUAAUAAGUACAGCAAAUUCCUCAGCAAAACUGCAUGUUUACGGUAAGUUUAAUAAAAAAAAAUUUGUUGAUUAUCGUGAAGAUGAAUGUGGAGAUGAAGAUGGUGGAGAUAAAUGCGGAGAUGAAAGUAAUGCUGAGAAAGGAGGGAAAUAG